AUGAGCAGCACGCAGCCUCCUUACUAUUCCUCCUCCUUCGGUGAUCCCACUCAACACCCCAGCUCUUCUCAGCCGAUUGGCACUCAGAUUGGGGGCGUUGACCCUAGUGAUCCUCGUACAGGACCUGCUCCACAUACAGCUGGCCCACACAAGUCCGACCUAGCCAACAAGCUCGAUCCUCGUGUGGAUAGCGACCUGAGCAAGGAGAAGAAGUCAAGCAACGCUGGAAUUGGUGGAGCUGGGGGCGCUAGCAACACCCAUACAGGAUCUGCUCAGAGGACGGCGGGUCCUCACACCUCGGACACUGGUAAUAAGCUUGACCCUCGUGUCGACAGUGAUAAGGACAACCGUGCCCGUCACGCACCAGGCACCGUGGCCAGUGAUGCCCGUACAGGGCCUGCUCCUAGAACUGCUGGGCCCCAUGAGUCUGACAUGGGUAACAAGCUUGACCCCCGUGUCGACAGUGACGUAGAUAACCGUGCAUCGGGGGCUGUGUCAAGCAAUACUCGUACUGGACAUGCUCAGAGAACUGCCGGUCCACACGAUUCUGAUAUGGGUAACAAGCUUGAUCCUCGUGUUGACAGCGAUGUUGAUAACCGCGCCCGCCACGCACCAGGCACCCUGGCAAGCGAUGCUCGCACCGGUCCUGCCUCAAGGACUGCUGGUCCCCACGAAUCUGACAUGGGCAACAAGCUUGACCCUCGCGUGGACAGCGACCUCGACAACCGCGCUCAGUAUGCGCCACAAACCACUCACAACCGUAACACCUCUCACCUAGCCGGUACUGGGGCCACUACUUCGAGCACUACUGGUCCCCAUAGCUCAAAGAUUGGCAACAAGAUGGACCCUCGUGUUGACAGUGACCUCGACAACCGCGCUCAGUACGCCCCCGGCACUACCAAGACGGGAAACGAGAACCCCUACGCGACGCAGGACACCUCGCUCAGCAGCGGUUCCAACGCUGGUCCCCAUGAAUCUAAGAUGACGAACAAGCUCGACCCUCGCGUGGAUGCCCAAACGGGCAACGUAUCUUCCAAGACAACCAGCCAGCCUCAUGGCUCCCAGUUUGCGGGUAAUACUCAUUCUCAAUACGGGACCAAUGCCACUGAGCUAUCUACUGGCGCCGGGUACGCGUCCAGCGGGGUAGGAUACCGACCGGCACAGUCAUCCGGCAGCGCACCUGGGUCCAAGUCUGCUCAGAAGGGUGCAGACAUUGGUUCCAGUGUGAAGGGAGCUUUUGCUGGCGCUCACGGAAUGGGAGAAUCUCUCCGCGGUGGUCUAAAUGCGGCAGUUGAUAAGACGUUUGGCCAUGAAGAGGGUGUCUCAAAGAACGAUGCUAUCGCCAGCCAAGGUGAACGAGAGAUGCGCAGUGGAAACUUCAGCCGAGGAAAUGCAUUUUCGCCGUCAUCACUCAUACUGCCCUCGAAUAUGGCUGUCCCCGCAGCUCCACCUGCGAGCCAUGAUCCGGUCAAUGCCGCUGGGGAGCCCUCGCGGUUUCUGUCGAGACCUUUAAUUGCUGGAAAUACCAGCUCUGACAGCGAUGAGCCGGUCGUAAACGGCGUGGAUGUCGCUCGAGAAGACGAGGCUGACGGUAUGGUUGGUGUCAGCAUCGGUCGUGCCCAAAGUCGUAUGAAGGCCCGUUCCACGCCGGCGGAGGAAAAGACACGCGCGAUGGAACACAAUGGGGGCUAUUUUGACCCCAUUCCAGACACCGACGACUCGAGCGGUCUUUAUACCUCCGAGAUCACUGAUGAACCAGAGGAACUACCACAGAGCUCGAAACCAGAAGCUAGCCAACCGUCAGCUUCACUCCAGAAUGUGGCACACCAAAACGGAACAGCGUUCUCUAAAGACGGCUCCAACAGUCGCACCAGUUUCACCCGGUCGAUCUUAAAGAACGGCUUGCCCCUGCGUCCUCGAGCUUGGUCGGGCGAUACCAUGAAAAAGUUCCUGCCCGAUUUAGGAUAUCUUACUAAACGGACUUCUUUGCCUUUCCGCUCUUCCCAAAAUCGCUCCCGCAGUCAGACCCUGAAACCCUCCUCGUCCAAGUUGGCACUUGACCAGGAGGGAGAGUCUCAUGCCAAGCCAAGACGCAGAUCGUGGAACGAUUCCGACUCGAAUAACGUGCUCGUUGAUGAGCCAAUCUCUGAUCUGAAACCCAUCGACGGCGCGACGGCAGCCAAGCAUUCAUUUACCCGUCGGCCCAGCGCGACUGUUUCAGGCGCCCCGUUGAUGCUUAGGAGAUCAUCUUCUGACCAAUCAUUGUAUCUGAGAGCAUCAUCUACUGCAUCAUCACUCGAUCAGCGCCCCCAGUAUGAGCACAUUCACUCUCAAGUCAACAGCCGGUUCAAGGCCAUCAAGGAUAGUCUACAGGACUCGAGCAGCCGCCUGCUUAGCAUGCCUAGCUUGCACUUGCAGGACUUGCGGAGUGACUGGGGCUAUAAACCGUUCUUGGGAGAUGUUGCGAAUCGUAAAGGCAACAAUUACGCCGAUGAGCCGCCACCUACGAGUGACGCGCCUCGAGAACAAGCGCCACCUCAAUUUGGAGCGCGUCCACCGCGAGUUAACUCCAAUUCAUGGCACCCCGUAUUAAAUGAGGCCAUGUCCGCAUUAACUGGUGAUGUUGUUAUAAUGGGAGGCUACCGAGGAUCUAUCUUACGUUCCGCCAAACCACCACAGCGUCAACUGUGGGUUCCAAUGAAAGUUGGGCUCAAUCUUCGCAAAGUAGACCUUGAAGUAGGCCUGAACCCGGAGGAUGAGGAGCGCAUGGAAGAAACGAUUAUUCCAUCAGGGGUUCUAUCGCACAUCGGGCCAGUUGACAUCUGUCGUCGACUGAUGAAGCACCUCCGGAAGUCCGAGAAUGCCGUCAAAGGUGAUCUCCGCGUAUGGGAUUAUGGCUACGAUUGGCGCUUGAGCCCACAUCUCCUCUCGAAAAAGCUGAUCAAAUUCCUGGAGGGCUUACCUUGUAAUGCGCCCGGUGUUCCGCCCGAAAAGCGGGGGGCUUAUGUUGUUGCGCACAGUCUCGGAGGGUUGAUCACCCGCCACGCCGUAAAUCAGCGUCCGGAACUCUUUGCUGGUGUUCUCUACGCCGGUGUCCCGCAGCACUGUGUCAAUAUUCUCGGCCCUCUUCGCAAUGGGGAUGACGUAUUGCUCAGUUCCCGUGUCCUCACGGCUCAAGUGAACUUCACCUUCCGGACCAGCUUCGCCCUCCUUCCCGAAGACGGGCACUGUUUCAUCGACAAGCGCACCAAAGAAGAAUAUCGUGUGGACUUCUUCAACGCCCAGGAUUGGGACGAAUACCGGCUCUCGCCCGUCAUCAACCCAGCUCUCCCGCCUAUGACAAACAAGGGCUUCGGUCUCGGAGGCAACAUUGGGAAACGCUUCUCUGCUGUUUUGGGUAGUAAAGAUAGCUUGCCAUCUGAGGAUACACCUGACGACGAUCAACAAGAUCCGAACCAGCCCGGUCGCAGCAAUCCAAAUCCCAUUACCGACCCAGCUGAAAAACUAGCCCCGAGCAUCGAGGGUGUUGUUGGCCCAACGUCCAACCUCCGCGGCUCGGCCAACGUCAAAUCCACCACUACCGUUACCAUUCCACGAGCCACAGCUAUCACCUAUCUCGAACGCACCCUCUCCGAAGUCCGUCGCUUCAAGCAAGAACUUGCAUUCAACCCCUCUCAUCAAUCCAGCAACAGCUACCCACCUUUCGCAGUUCUAUACGGCAAAUCUGUUCCUACCGUCUAUGGCGCGCGCAUCUCGACACGCGAACAAAUUAAACAUCAGGAUGCCUACGAUGACCUCGCAUUCGCCGCAGGCGAUGGUGUCUGUCUCGCGUCCGCAGCAAUGCUGCCCCCAGGCUAUCGAAUCAUCAAACAUGGCCUGGUGAGAAGCGAUCGCGGUCACGUCGGAUUAUUGGGCGAUCUGGAAGGCGUCGGCCAAUGUCUUCGGGCUUUAGUGCGCGGAAGACGAGAGGGUGUAGGAAUAAGCGAUUCACCAUUAUCGACCUGA